AUGUCCUCAUCUGCAACCCCAGAUCGCUACAAACUAAUCUUCUACGUCCCCCAUCCCCAGCUCGAAUCCUGCAAAGAAGCCAUUUUCUCCACGGGCGCAGGCUCCUUCCCCGGAGGUAAAUACACCAAGUGCUGUUUCCAGACACCAGGUACUGGACAAUUCUUACCUGGUGAUGGCGCGAAUCCAAACAUUGGUGCUGUCGGGACAUUGGAGCAUGUUGAGGAGAUGAAGGUUGAGAUUCUGUGUGUGGGCAGAGAAACGAUGCUUGAUGCUGUCAAGGCUUUGGUUAAGGCGCAUCCAUAUGAGGAGCCUGCCUGUGAUUGGCCCGCCAGCUUCCCUUCCGACCACUUCGAAUUCCGCGCUCCGAACUUCACCAAACCUCGUCCGUUCAACCUCACGCCUCUCAAAUCAGCCACAUCCUCGCCAGCAAUGGCUUCCAAACUAUUCCCCGCCGUUGUGCGCUCUUCCCGUCAGAUCAUUCCACAGAUUUCCAGGCCUCAAUGGCGAUCAUUCUCCGCGGUUGCGCCGAAGCUUAGCGAUUCGCUCUUUGUGCACCGCAACAAGCCCGACAACAACCCAUCCAUCCCUUUCAAGUUCAGCGCGGAGAACGAAAAAGUCAUCGACGAGAUCCUCAAACGCUACCCUCCCCAGUACAAGAAGGCUGCUGUUAUGCCCCUUCUCGACCUUGGACAACGCCAGCAUGGAUUCACUAGCAUCAGCGUCAUGAACGAGGUUGCUCGUUUGUUGGAAAUGCCUCCCAUGCGAGUUUACGAAGUUGCGGCCUUUUAUACCAUGUACAACAGAGAGCCCGUGGGCAAAUACUUUGUCCAGGUCUGCACAACGACACCGUGCCAACUCGGCGGAUGCGGAAGCGACAAGAUCGUCCAGGCUAUCAACAAGCACCUCGGCAUUACCCCCGGCCACACCACAGAGGACGGUCUUUUCACCUAUAUUGAGGUCGAAUGUCUUGGUGCCUGCGUCAACGCUCCCAUGGUCCAGAUCAAUGACGACUACUACGAAGAUUUGACCCCCGAAUCUAUCACCCAACUCUUGACCGCCCUCAAGGAAUCGGCCACCAACCCUGCCGUUAAAGUUCCUGCUCCUGGUCCUCUCAGCGGACGUGACACAUGCGAGAACAGUGCCGGUUUAACGAAUCUCAAGGAGGUCACAUGGAACCCGGAACAGAUGAUGAGGAAGGACGGAGAGUUGUAA